UUCGAGUAGUCGAUAGAUAAAAUUUUAUAAUUUGUUGAGUUAGGAAGCACUCCCAGACGGAGGUUGGUCUGUACGUCAACGGGUGGAUUUGAUACAUGAUCUAAAAAUGUCACGAAAAGCGAUUAAAGUUAUAAACUGGGCAGCUCUUGCCGAGCGAAUUCCAGAAGCUGAAAAAGCUGCAUUGGCCGCUUUUAAAUCUAAAUCUGACCAAUAUUUACAACGUAUGAUGGCCAACCCUGAAUCUCCACCAGCGAUUGAUUGGGCAUACUAUAAGAAAAAUAUUUCAGCUCCUAGUUUAGUAGAAAAAUUUCAAAAGGAGUAUGAAGCAUUAUCAAUACCAUAUCCAGCUGAUAAAUAUACAUCAGCAAUUGAGGCUGCAGAGAAGGAAUCUGCUAAAGAAAUAGACCAGCUUAAGCAAAACGUAGAUAAGGAGAUUAAUGUGUUACAAGCAGAAAUAGCAGAUAUAAAAGCUAUGCUACCAAUUCAGCUAAUGACAGCAGAGGAUUAUUGUAUCCUAUAUCCUGAUGGAACAUGGAGUAAAGAGAACAUUUCAUUAUGGCCCCAUUCAGAGGAUGCUCAAGAUACUCCUGAAGAUGAAUUGCCCGAUGAAGAAGAACAUUAAAUUGUACAUGUCAAUAUAGUUAAUAUAAUCUUGUAAUACUAAACGUUAUAUUAUUAGUGUAUUUAACUAUUGAUAAUAGUCAAAUUUAAAAGACUUUGGAAACUAUCAGAAUAUUAAAUACACAGUAAUACAAAUUUA